AUGCUGUCGCCCGUCGACAUCCAGCACCACCUGUAUCUCUCCUUCCUCGAUGGCCAAACUGCAGAUAUCGCGCUGAAAGUGAAUGGGACUUGGCGUGCUGUCUACAAGCUGCACCGCGUCGUCCUUAUCCAAUCAGGUUAUUUCAAAUCCCUUUUCACCGCAGGCUUCGCAGAGUCAUCCCCCAGGCUCAAUGGGCAUCACAGGGGCCCUGAUGAACUCGAAAUAGUCCUGGAUGAUCGCAACAUCACGCGAGCAGCGUUCGAAGUAUGCAUAGCUCACCUGUACGGCGGUGGUCCACGACUAGAACUACCAACAUUUUUGGUUCCGACAGCGACCAAUCCUUUGAGCCCAUCGUUCCCGGUAACGUCGAAACCCUCAAUUCAAGCUUCAACGCCAGAAGGGAACCAUCCGGUCACCCCUCGAUUUUUGCUCUCGCUGCUUGCUACCUCACUAUUCCUCUCCAUCCCCAGCCUCGCUUCAGACGCAUUGAACAUGAUACUCAACAGUGUAGGACCAUGGACGGCAGUAGGAUAUCUACGAUUCGCGACCGGCAAGGGUAUUGGAUGGAAUGGUGAAUGGGGCGAAUGGCAUAAUGAGGAUCAACAGGCCGCCGUUGGUCUCGAACGCGUCGCAACUAUUCUGGAAGGUCAAGACGACAAUGUGGGCGAUAGUACUACCAAGCCCGAUCUACUUGACGUCGAAUCUGACCUCUCCAAUCGGAUGGCCGAGUCUCGCAUCGGGGAAGGAGGGGGGAAUCUUUCUCCAUCCUCUUCGUCCUCGUCAUUGGGGAGUUCGAUUGGAAAGCACGGUAUGCACGCUACGCCAGAGCCCUCUUUUUACUACGGCGCAGUCUCAGACAAGAUUGGACAGGCUGUCGCUUGUUGGCUAGCUCGCUGGGGGUUUGAUAUGUUUGCUUAUGAGAUCAAGAAAGACUCGCCUUCAAGCUCGAAACACGCCGUCCUCUCUCCAGCAGAUCGUCUCUUCACGCGGAGUAUGGCCCAUCUUAGGCAACGUGCUAUGUCGAUACCCGAUACCCGACCUUCAACCUCGCUGGGCACUCCUGCUAGUCCAUCGGCCCGGAGGUCAGAAAGGAUCGAAGAACCGCUUGUACCGGCUGUUUGGGGAUCGGGUGGUCUAGACGCCAGAUGGGUUUCUGCUCUGCUCAGUGCUGACACGCUUUUCGUCAGAGGCGAACGUGAGCGGUACGAUUUAGCAGCAGCAAUUGUCGAACUGCGUCGCAGACAGCAGGGCAUACUACCAGAAGAAGAAUCUAUAUGGAGCGGAUUAUUUGAGAGGGGUAUAUAUUAUUCGAAUAUGAGUGUUGACGACAUCACGCAAAUUUCGCAAGAUAUAUCACCGUUAACUAAGAAGCCCUAUGUACCUCUUCGCAUUCUCCAAGCGGCACAUUGGGAUCAGGCCAUCCUAAGGCAGAAAAUACUCUCUUCGUCCGGUCCGGCUUCGACAUCCUUGAACGCAGGCACGCCCGUACCAUCGACGACUUCCAAAGACAAGGAUUUAUGUGUCUCAGCAACUACGUCCGAGAUACUCAGCAAGGCGGCGGAGCAGCAGGAAGAUUUGAUCGCUGACACUCGAUACUACCCCGUCCACGCCGAUUCCUCCAUGCGCCUCGGAGAUACAGGUGGUCUGUCGAAGGACACGAACACCGGGAAAGAUGAACCAAUAACCAUGGAGCAGCUGUAUGCAUUUGCAUCGGGAGAGACGAAUACGAUGAUUGCAUCACCUUCAGGCAAUGGACAUCGCAGCGUUCCAUUGUCCCCCACACGCACGUCCGAAUCCACGUUCUUUGGGCUGCACUCAUAUUCGCAGAAGGAGGCGCUCCAGCCAUCUUCAAAUUCAUCAUACCCUGUGCCAUUUCCUCUGAAUGCUUCCCAACUUACGCGGUUAGAUACUACAGGGAACCUUCGCUGGACUCCAUAUCCUCCAUAUAGGUUCUCCGUUGAAUUCUGGGACAUCGACUGGCUAAAAGAGAAGAGCAGACUGCAUUCACACACCAUAUGGUACUGUGGAAACCUCUUCAAUGUUUAUGUCCAAGUCGUAUGGAAGAAGGGGGGUGGGUCGACUGUCGGCUCCGCCAGUUCCAAUGGGACGAUGCAGGUUGGCGUGUACCUGCAUAGGCAAAGCAGCGUCGAGGCCAUUCCUGGAUGCAGUCGACCAAGCUCUGACUUCAUUGUAGUCAAGCCUCUGGAAGAGCGAGAAGGUAGACACGUCCGAGGUCCAUCCAUGCCUGCGCUAUCAACUUCAUUAAGCCGAACUUCACAUUACUCGCCAUCCAUCCAUCCGCCUUCGCGCAGUGCCACCCCCGUAUCCGUCAACCAAAGUGGGCCCUCGGCACCUUCUUCUCCCGUUCUCUCUGCGUCUCCCCACGGGUCAUUUGGAUUUACAGGGUCAUCUUCUCAAAUUGCUAGUCACUCUUACCCCAGCACGUCGGGACUCACCCUUCCUGCGACAUUACAGCCCGCCGUCCCAUCGCAGCCAUACCGCGAUCCUCGAUCAUCGGUGAAGGCGUACUUCACCAUAUGUUGUGCCAGUGGCACGGGAACCGCUCAGACGCGCUUCAGCAGCUCGCCAGAUGACUUCGCUAUUAGCCAGAGUUGGGGAUGGAAGAGCAGUUCGCUUACACUGAGAGUGGGGGCCGGCUCACACGCAGACGGCCCGACCAUCCCCAGCCCAAGUUUCGCAGGAGAAGAGGUUAGUUUAAGGGCAACGGUGGUUCUAGGAAUUGUAUAA